AUUUCCUUGAGAAUUGCAAGAUAAGCUUAUUGAACAUCAACAAAGAUUUCUCAGCCAAAGAGAGUUUGGAACUCCAAAAAAGAAGGAAUUGGAGAAGGGUUUUGUCUUGGCAAGAACAAUUAAUUGCUUCUGUUCAAUCGCCAGUCGCAAGAAGGUAAGUUGCGAAGAAGUGUAAUCUUGGUUGUAAAUCUGUACUGGGUCUAUGUUGAUCUUUGGAAUUUCAUGGGGAAAUUGAAUGCUAUGUCAGUAGAAAUGGCUGCCGUUCCUGUUCUUUUGAACAAUGGAUCUUUGCGGAGUUCUGAAAUGUCGAGACUUCGUGUUAUGCACACCAAGUGUUUGACGAAAUGCAAAAUUCUGUCUUGUUCAUUGUCUAAUUCAUGCUACGGUUCGCAUUCAUUUCCUUUAGUAGGUUUGAAAUCUCAAAAUAGGUUGUUAUGUAUUAGGUCUGUGAUUAAUGAAAAAGGAAACAAAGAAAACCAUUUGGGGAACAGGGAGCCUAGCUUUUUGAGGAAGGGAUUCAAGCUUAGAUUGCAGCCAAGAUUGCGAUUACUGUCCUCAAGAUUGAAAAGGGCGUCUGUUCGGUCGAUCUUAAAUGACCUUGGAACGUAUCUGCGCAAAAAUAUGAGAAAAGUGACUCUAUCCACUUCGAUUUCUGUUGUAUUAGGGUUGUGUUAUUUGUUCUUGAAGUUGACAACAAUGCCAACCCCUAAAGUUGUCCCAUACUCAGACUUGAUAACGAGUCUGCAGAGUGGGUCUGUAAUGAAAGUUCUGUUUGAGGAGGGAUCUAGACGAAUAUACUACAAUACUGGCUCAUUUGGUGUAGAAAACACUCAAAAUUCAGAAGACCCAAAGGUUGGAAGAAAUGAUGAUGACGAAAAUUUGGUUGGGAGUGACAUAGUGAGGAGCAAUGUGAAGAAUAAUCAGAUUACAAGUUCACAUAUGUUGUGGAAAUUGACAAAGACAAAAGCUUCGAAGCCAGAAUGGCAGUACUCAACAAGAAAGAUUGACCACGAUGAGAGCUAUCUCCUUGGCUUGAUGAGAGAGAGAGGAAUUACAUACAGUUCAUCUCCACAAUCAGCAUUAAUGUCAAUGAGGGGUGUCCUGAUUACUAUAAUAUCACUUUGGAUUCCUCUAACUCCCUUGAUGUGGCUUCUUUAUCGCCAACUUUCCGCUGCUAAUAGCCCUGCUAAGAAGCGGCGGCCUAGCAAUCAACUAGUCAACUUUGAAGAUGUAGAGGGCGUGGAUACUGCAAAAGUAGAGCUUAUGGAGAUUGUGUUGUGCCUCCAAGGUUCUAUUAACUAUAACAAACUAGGAGCAAAGUUACCGAGAGGAGUGCUGCUAGUGGGUCCUCCAGGGACGGGGAAAACAUUAUUAGCCCGUGCAGUUGCUGGAGAAGCCGGGGUACCAUUUUUCACCGUUUCUGCUAGUGAAUUCGUGGAGAUGUUUGUUGGAAGAGGAGCUGCUCGUAUUAGGGACCUUUUCAAUGUUGCAAGAAAGAAUGCACCAUCAAUCAUUUUUAUUGAUGAGCUCGAUGCUGUAGGGGGAAAGCGUGGUAGAAGCUUUAAUGAUGAAAGAGACCAAACACUAAACCAGCUACUGACAGAAAUGGAUGGGUUCGAGUCAGAUGUAAAUGUGAUUGUUAUAGCAGCAACUAAUAGGCCCGAAGCACUGGACCCCGCUCUUUGCCGCCCUGGUCGAUUCUCAAGAAAAGUGUUUGUGGGAGAACCUGAUGAAAGCGGAAGAAGAAAGAUAUUAGCUGUUCAUCUAAGAGGAAUCCCUCUUGAAGAAGACGCUGCCAUUAUGUGCAACCUAAUUGCUUCUCUUACUCAAGGCUUUGUAGGUGCUGAUUUGGCCAACAUUGUCAAUGAAGCCGCUUUGCUUGCUGCUAGACGAGGUGGUGAAUGUGUUGCAAGGGAAGAUAUAAUGGAAGCUAUAGAAAGGGCAAAGUUUGGGAUAAAUGAUAGACAAAUGAGCCCUUCUAACUUAACGAAAGAAAUCGGAAAGAUUUUCCCAUGGAUGCCGACGUUUAAGCCGCGAUACGACCAGCGGACCGAUGGAUCUUCUUCUUCUUCUCUUGGGGGUUAUCAAACUCUAAGCUGAAAGGUACAUUUCUCUAUCCCAUUGAACUUGUGAAGACUUGCCUGCCAUUUUUCCAGGGUGAGGGUAUUUCUGUCAUUUCACAAUAGGCUUUCCUUUUGAUAUUUUAAGGUCAAACUUUAAAGAAAGUCUCUUGUCUUUUGGGGAUCUCAAGUUACAUGUGAUGUUUAAAACAACAUUUACAGCUGC